CGCGCUCCGCCGGGACUCCGGACGCGCGCUCCCUGCCCCGGCCGCCCAAAACUCCGGCUCAGCCCGCGCCCGCCUCGCGCCCGCUCGCGCGCUCACACCCACACGCGCGCGCUCACACUCACACACUCGUGCCCUCGCACCCCCACGCGCUCCCGCUCGGCCUCACACUCCCAGGCGCUCACACUCCCACUCCUGUCCGCUUCCCUGCGGCCGCGCAGGCACCGCGGGCGAGGGCGCCGAGGGGAUCCACGGCCUUUCCCAUGGCUGACCUGAGCUUCAUCGAAGAUUCCGUCGCCUUCCCGGAGAAGGAAGAGGAUGAAGAGGAAGAGGAGGAGGGGGUGGAGUGGGGCUACGAAGAAGGUGUUGAGUGGGGCUUGGUGUUUCCUGAUGCUAAUGGGGAAUACCAGUCUCCCAUUAACUUAAACUCAAGAGAAGCUAGAUAUGACCCCUCACUGCUGGAUGUCCGCCUCUCCCCAAAUUAUGUGGUCUGCCGAGACUGCGAAGUCACCAAUGACGGACAUACCAUUCAGGUUAUCCUGAAGUCAAAAUCAGUUCUGUCAGGAGGUCCAUUGCCUCAAGGGCAUGAAUUUGAACUGUAUGAAGUUAGAUUUCAUUGGGGGAGAGAAAACCAGCGUGGUUCUGAGCACACAGUUAAUUUCAAAGCUUUUCCCAUGGAGCUCCAUCUGAUCCACUGGAACUCCACCCUGUUUGGCAGUAUUGAUGAGGCCGUGGGGAAGCCACAUGGCAUUGCCAUCAUUGCUUUGUUUGUUCAGAUAGGAAAAGAGCACGUAGGCUUGAAGGCUGUGACUGAAAUCCUCCAGGAUAUCCAGUACAAGGGGAAGUCCAAAACAAUACCCUGCUUCAAUCCUAACACUUUAUUACCAGAUCCUUUGCUGCGGGAUUAUUGGGUGUAUGAAGGCUCUCUUACCAUUCCACCUUGCAGCGAAGGUGUUACCUGGAUAUUAUUCCGAUACCCUUUAACUAUAUCUCAGCUGCAGAUUGAAGAAUUUCGCAGGCUGAGGACACAUGUGAAGGGGGCAGAGCUCGUGGAAGGCUGUGAUGGGGUUUUGGGAGACAAUUUUAGACCCACUCAGCCACUUAGUGACAGAGUCAUUAGAGCCGCAUUUCAGUAGCCAGAGAGAAUGGGAACAAGACGGCCUUCAUCUGGGAGGAAGACAAUGAUCCUAUAGUGCCCUUCGAUGAGAAACGGAAACUUUUGAGCUGCAGCUACAGUUUAUCCUCAAAGCCUGCAUUGUUUGUCUUCAUCCAACCCAGCUUUGAUGGACAUCUGUGACAGUUGCCUCUACACAUGCUCUAAUGAAAUAUUAGAAAUGGCUGUGCCUUCAAAAGAAACCCAAUAUUCUAUAUCCACACCACUGCUGCUAGGAUUCAGAUUUUUGCACAUACUGUUUAUUGCUUAUGUGUAGACGCAAUGAAACUAGUUUUCAGAGUUAUUAAUAUGAAUAUAUAUCAUGUAUUAAUACUGAGACAGGAAAAAUACACUCCCAGUGUUAGCGAUCCUUCAUUUCCUGUCUCCAAGAGAAAAUUCACUCAUUCAGAGAAUAAUGUAAUUCUUGAUAAUAAAUAAGAGUUUUGAUCAGGAACAGCAUAUGCUUGAAAAUGGAAUGUGAAGGAUUAGUGAAAGUCAUAUCUCAUGUUGUUUUUCAGCCCUCAUGCCACAAUUAAUGUCAGGCUGGUUAUUAUGCAAAACAAUUUGGGAGUUAAUGCAAGAACAAAGUCACUUUAUAUACUUCUCAAAGGAUCAAAUUGAAUGUAUGAAUCUAAUUGUAUUUAUUUGACAUAUUAGAAGCUCUGGUUUCCAGGAGUUUGAGAAAGGCAUAAAAAGGAUAAAAAGUAAGUGGGUACAACAUACCAGAAAACAGCUUUAUUUUCCAUGAUAGAAACAUAAAUUUAAUAGUAUCCUAUAAUAACUUAGUGUUGUACAUUUUGUAAGACCUUAAAAUAUUUUAUUCUAUGGACUUUAGUAUGUUGAGACAUUGCUUUCCAAGAUAAUCAACAAUAUCUUUAUUUUAAUUAAAUUUUAAGUGCUACUGGCAAAUGUAAGCAUAUGCUUAGAAGCAGUUAGAUGUGACGGAAUGAGAUAAUUUAUGUAAAGCAGUAGAGUGCCUGGCACAAAGCAAGUACUUAAUAAAUGUUAUUUGUUGUUAUAAUUAUUGUAAAACCAAAGACUUCAUAGUCCUAAUUUGGAGGGAUUUGGGGAUGCACAAUGUCCAAGUUAGAAAUCAUACAGGUGCAAGCAGUAUGUGUUGGGUAGAUUUUAGAUGUGUUGGGUAGAGGCUGUAAUAACAAAAGCAUUAAAUACAAAUAAAAAUCACACCGAGUAUCCCUGAAAACGGCAGCAAAGGAAGAUCCUGGUAGAACCUUGGGCAGGGGGAGAAAGGAUGGGCGUUGCAGCAGAGUGAGGAAAAGCGUGGGGGCUUGUGAAGGUUUGGGGUCCGCCCUGAACCUGCACCACAGGAGGGCAGCAUCGGGCAGAGCCUCUGAGAAGUGGAGAGAAGCCCUGGAUUCUUCCUUUCUGUAUGUAGUUCUCAUAUGCAAAAAUGAAGAAAUGGCAAAGCAUGGUUGCAAAGACUGUAGCAUAUUUAAAGACUUCUCUCUCUUCGACUAAAACAUGCCACACACGCUGAACAUGGGUCGUAGGUGUUGCCUCAUUAGUAGUUGACAUCUAAAGAUGACCUCCAAAGAUUUCAUUUUCUUGUGGAUGAGAAGCCAGUCAAAAGGCGCCCUGGAACUCCUUUGGUAGAGCCUGUGUUUGGGGCCUGAAAGCGGGGUGCAGGUACCCAGCCUCUGCCCUGAUGCACUUGGUACUGAGCAGCUAGGGGAUCGUCUU